GUAGUUGUAGUUGUAAAUGCAUUUUUAACGAGUCGGUGAUACGCAGUUCUAAAGAAAAACUCACAGUUUUUAAAUUAUCAGUGAAUUUCUUCAAACGUGCUGUUAUUAGUGCGUUCACCGGCUUCCACAAUUCCGAUCCAAUCCAGCUACAGUAUUUUCUAAUUAGAAAUGUCCUAGUUCAGCCCUCGUCAAAUCUCUGCCGUUUGCCUGAAUUUAUAAUAAAUCUCAUAUAUUAUUUGUAUUAGUUUUCUGUUGUCACCUCUCUGGAGACUGACCUGUUAUAACAACUUGUGUUUUGGAAACACGCUUACAAGUUCAUGAAGUAAUGACCAGGUGUGUGCGUCGUUUUAAUUGCGUAUUCUCGUUUUUGUAGUCGUAUUUUUCGUCGUUAUUCGCAGUGCAUUCAUUCUGAUUUAUGUUCCGUAAUGCUGCACGUAGAUUCACCAUGAAGAAUAAUAAAGACUAGUUGUGAUUUUAGCGAAUGACAAGAAGCCCGAUUCGCUUUUGCACAGGGAUAUGUCAGUACUAAUACCAUGUAACUUUGCACUAGCUAAUUUCAAAUUAUUAGCUUGUAGAGUACAAUGUAAAUUGAAAAUAGUACCUGUUAUACACUAGUUUAUUUAUUAAACCAAUUUAUGAAAAUUCACUUUUCUACUGUGCUAAGAAAAUCUCAUUAAUACUUUAUACCAAUGCUCUCUUUUUAUACUUUUCUGAUAGGAAAAUGGAAAUUUGUAGUGGAGGUGGAGAUGAUGACAGUCAGUGUACAUCUCCAAAAUCAAAAGCAAAGAAAAAAUCACUUUGUAGAUUGCUGAUGCAGAGGAAAACAAAAGUAGGGUGUUUGUCUACAGAAUCCGAAGAUUUAAGUUUGCAUACAAUUCCUCCAGAACAUAAGCCAAUAAAACAUGAAACCGUGUCUUCUUUAGGUUCCUUACAAUUUAGAGAGAGUAAUGUUUCCAUGUCAGAGUCAGAUUUACGAGUGGAAAGCACAGAGCUAAACAACCUGGCAUCAGCAAAAGAUUUGGGAAAUAGUACAAAACUGUCCCUAUGUUGUGCUAUGACAGAAGGGUCACGAUCAUCUAGUCACAUUCACAGUUCAGAUUAUCAACAUCAUACUAACAUACAGAGUUUACCCUUAGAAAUGAGUGAAAAAGGCCCUUCAGGAGAUAGUGAAAGUAAUUCCAAACAAUCAUCAAAAGUCUCAAAAAACUCCUCUCUUGAGGACAAAGUCAAUUCUGAAUCAUUUCUUCAAGAAUUAAAGAGUGGAAAAGCUGAAAAUGAAACAGUAGAACGUAAACAGAAACCUUUUGCUACUUCACUUGCUGCUUCCCCUACCCAAAGUGAAUCUUCAUCUCAUGAUUCAUCACCUCUAUCAAGCUCAUUUCCUGAGCAUCAUUCCCGUAAACACCUGUUAUCUAAGAGACGCUCAGCAGACAAUCUUUUGAGCUCUUUGAAUCCAUCUGCACGCCAUUCUUCUCCAGCUUCUAGUAGAAGUGCACCUGAAGCAUAUCGUUACCGAAUUAGAUCUACAUCACAUGACACUGUUUUGCCUCCCAAAGAAGAUCACAAGAACAAAUUGAUGCCAUCUGGCAGUGAGACAACUGUGGGUAGCAGUAUGGGAGUUUCCAGAAGUCACGGGUUUGUGGCUUCAAUGGACAGCUUAGCUCGUCAUUCAUUAUUAGCAGCUCAAGUUCUUCACCUUAUUCCUACAAUCAAAGCAAGAGAGAGAAACUUUUUGCAUGGAAGAAUAGCUGCCAAUUCUUUACUUGGAUCACUAGAAUUAGAAAGAACUCUUCCACACAGAGAAUUACGUAUUUUUGUGGGGACAUGGAACAUGAAUGGACAAGCACCUCCACAAGAAUUGAAUGAUUUUAUGCUUCCUCCAAGUCUUGAGCACGUACCUGAUGUAAUUGUUGUUGGUACUCAAGAAAGUUACUCAGAACGCUUUGAAUGGGAAGUCAACAUUCAAGAAACUCUGGGGCCAUCACACUUGCUUUUACAUUCUGCUGUGCUUGGAACAUUACAUCUUGCUAUAUUCAUUCGACGAGAUCUUCUUUGGUUUUGUUCCGUUCCUGAAGAAGCAAGUUACAGCGUGCGACCUGGCACUGCAUUCAGAACUAAAGGCGCUGUUGCAAUAGGCUUUAUGGUGUUUGGCACAUCAUACCUCUUCAUAACAUCUCAUCUUACAGCUCAUAUGGAUAAAGUUAAAGAAAGAAUUCAAGAUGUGCGGAAAAUAGUGAGGUCUUUGGAUCUUCCAAAACUGUUGCCUAUUCGUCAUAAAAGUAAAGAUGUGACUCAGAAUUAUGACUAUGUUUUCUGGUGUGGAGAUUUAAACUUCCGCUUGUCACAACCUAGGGAGGAAGUUAUGCAAUGGGUGGCAGAGCAAGAGUUUCCUUUACCGUUACCGCAUAGCUUACAUAGUGAUCAACUGAAACUUACCAUUGCUGAAGGUUCAGUAUUCCGAGGCUUUCAAGAAGGUCCGAUUACUUUUCCUCCUACAUAUAAAUAUGAUCCUGGUACUCAGAAGUUUGAUACAUCUCAUAAACAGCGAACUCCUGCUUACACUGAUAGAAUACUUUAUAGGUGCAGGGGUCGUGGAGUUUUGGAAUGUUUAUUAUAUUCUUCUGUUCCAUCAAUUUGUACAUCAGAUCACAAACCUGUAUGGGGACUCUAUAGUAGUGCUGUGCGACCAGGAAUAGACACAAUACCAUUAGCUGCUGGUCUUUUUAAUCGAGAAGUCUAUUUGGAAGGUAUUAGGAGACGUGCAGCAGCAAUGGAUAAAAGUGAAGGAACAUCUGCUGUAUGUUCUAUUCAGUAGUGUCAUAUUACUUUACUGCGCAAUAUUUUAGUAACUUUUCUUUGUUUUAAAUAGAUAUAUAAAAGUGUUGUUUAUAUCUCAAAGAAAGUUACUGAAUUCCAAAAGCAACUACCUUCAAAAAUAUUGUUUUUUCAGAUUUGACUGUAGUUGAAACAAUUUCUGCAAAAUGUAUAUUAUAUGCUUUACUUUUCUUAUUUUGUGCUCUGGGCCUUUCUCAACUAUCAGGCAAUAACAUGAAAAGAACUUUUGAUAAAUUAAAUUCAUCUCUUCACAUAAUUAUUUUAUCAUAAAAUGACUAACUCUUGGAUGACCUUCUCAUUGCAUAUAAAUAAAAAAAGCUUUUCUAUACUGUAAACAUAUUUUUGAGAUACGUAGCUUUGCUCUCUGUAAAUGAUUCUCAUACUUUAAUAUGAGAAAUGAGUACAAUUCCUUACAUAAUUGUUUCGGAUAUAUUAAAAAUAAUUGUAUAUUCAUAAGCAUUUUCUUUAGCAUAUUCUAAUGUUAUAUAGUGAAGUGUUUUAAUAAUAAUAAUCAUUGCAGUUCCUUACAUUUCUAGUCAGGGAAGUUUUCUGCAGUAAAUAAAUAAAUGUGCAGGAAAUGGUGAGGUAAGCAACUUCAUGUAACUAUUUUAUGUCAUUUUAAUGUUCUAUUUCAUGUUUGUGAAUUGUGUACUUUUUAAGAAAUUAUUCCAUUUAAUGUGAUUCUUGAAUCUCAGAAAUCACAUCCAGGCCAAAAAUUGUACUAUUUACUGUAUUUGUAAAAGACAUCUUUUCCCCUUGUUUCACCUUGGGGUGUGUGUUUUUGGUUUCUUUUUCUUUUUUUGUUUUUUUUUUCUUUUUUUCUUUUUU